AUGGCCUCUUCGGAUAGGACAGACCAGACCAUCGUUGUACGGCAAAUGCCGCAUCAGAAUUACGUGAAGCGCCAAAAGGAUGAUUGGGCGGGUGUCACUGAUACGAAGGAGCGGAGAAAAUUACAAAACAGAUUAAACCAGAGAGCUUGGCGCCAGAGGAAAGCGAAACAGGAUGGCAAAGAAGGGGCUACUGCACGGCUCCCUGAUGCAGGAGAGAAGGAAAUAAAAAAGCUCAAUGCAGAGCUUACUGCAGCUACUGCUUGCCAACGGCGCGCUCUCCUGGAACUUUUUGCGCGGGAGGCACUGCACAAUUACAUGACCAACCAGCCCAACACAGAUCAGCUUAUGCAAGUGAUGAAACUAAAUACUAUCAAUGCUCUGACGUCAAACGCAGCCGCCCUGAAUCUCCAAGUCGAUUGGCUCAUCUGCCAUGCUAUUUCGCCAUUCGGAUUCAUCGGCCCAACAGCGCCGGCGGAUAUGGCCACCUGCUCCUCCCCUGGCCCGACGUCGUUGAUUCCAACGGACCUCCAGCUGCGAACGCCACAUCACCCGUGGAUUGACCUGUUCCCGCUGGCUAGAAUGCGAGACAAUUUAUUACAGGCAACAUGCGUGUCUGACAUCUUGACCGACGAUGACGAAGAACAGCUGUGGGCCGACCUUGUGGAAUGGGGUGGGAACGGCACAGAGGGUGCGGGCUUGAUAGUUUGGGGCGAGCCAUCAGAUCCUCGAAACUGGGAAGCAACAGUACCGUUCCUGAAAAGAUGGGGAUGGCUUUUACAGGGUUGCAGCGAAAUUAUGGAGGCGACGAAUUACUGGCGGCAUAGUAGGGGUGAGAGACGCCUUUGCUUUCAGGCCUGA